GUCAAUUUGUCAAAUCGUCAAAAACAACCAAAAAAAAACUACGACUGUGUCGACUGCUCUGCUUAUCCUGUUUCGAAGUCAAACUCCUAUUUAUUGAGGCUUAGGAAAUACUAAUCCCAAUGUUUAUUUCGUUUUUCAUUAAAUCCGUGAUGAUCAGACGUGAUCAAAUACGCUAGCUAUUCGUAGCUAUGUUACGUAUUUGUCUGCUUGUGAACAUUUAAAAUGUGGGUGAAACCUCAAGAAGUAUUUCUGAAGACCCCUUUGUGGGAUAGUGAUGAAACGACGUUGUAUUUCGUUCUUCAAAGAAGGAAAGGACAUGGCAAAUCGAAAGGUCUAUCCUCGUUGCUGGUGGGUACAUUGGAUAGUGUUCGUGACACCAAGCCAGCCCCUUACAGAAUCUUGCACCAAACACCAAAUUCCGAAAUAUAUUACGUAAUAUCAACAGCAUUAACGGAACAAGAGAUCCGUCAAGACUGGCAAUGGCUAUUUGAUAAUGUGAGUCCAACAUUACACUCUUUUGACACUGAAGAGGAGAUCACAGAGUUCGUUUGCUGUAAAAUUAAUUCUAUAAUUGCUACUGAACAAGAAAAUUUAACAGAGGAUGAAGAUACAAUCACCUAUAAAAAUGUUGAUUAUGAGUUUCAUCAAAGAUUUUCAAUGCCAAAAGAUGAAAAGUUGGUGUGCUAUUACUCAUGCAGUUACUGGAAAGGCAAAAUGCCUCGUCAAGGAUGGAUGUAUCUCUCGGUCCACUAUAUGUGUUUCUACUCGUACAUAUUUGGGCGAAAAACCACCAUAAAAAUCAGAUGGGCAGAUGUCACCGAGCUAGCUAAAACCAACAGCCUUUUAUUCCCGGAUUCAAUUAAAGUUGUGACAAGGGACGGAGAACAUUACUUUACCAUGUUUUUGAAGAAGAAUGAGACUUUUGCUUUGAUGCAACAGCUUGCCAAUAUUGCAAUGAAAGAGUUAAUCGACGACAAAUCUGGCACAUUCAACAUCGAUAAGGACUUAUUAACAAAACUCAGCAAGAAUGUGCCAAAGAAACCAUCUUUUCUCAAAAGAGAUUUGGAUGCUAGGAAGCAGUCGAACUUGUACACGCUCAGAUUUCGAUUGCCGCACACAGAAAAACUAGAUGGAACUGAGGAAUGUACCUUAUGGACGCCGUAUAAUAAGAAACAUAACUGGGGCAGACUGUACUUGUCACAGAAUUUCAUCUGUUUUGAUAGUCGGGUACCAAAUUUAGUCCGUCUAACAAUACCGCUCCGCAAUGUGUACCAAGUGGAACGCGCGGAUUCGGGAGGCACGGGCAGUUCGGGGGACUCCGGUAGCAUUCUCAUCACAACCGCCCACCAUACAAGCUUUCUCUUUGGGAAUAUCUCCGACCGGGACUUCCUCUGUUACAAGAUAUCCGAACUGCUGGCUAAGUUACCCAAUGAUGUGUACAGGGAGAAGUCUUCCAAGGCUCUGAACCGGUCCGAGGAAGGGGAGUGGGCGCCGCAACCGCCCCUUAUGACCUUGUUCAAAACGCACCAAACAUCGUCUAUUAGGCAGAUCCAACAGAAGAAGGAAAAACAAUGGGAAGACCACAUGGCAGAAGUGGGUCGAGGAGUAAGCAUGUACCGAACAACUGAGGGAAGCGAGUUGGUCGUCAACGGUAUCCCAGAGUCCCUUCGAGGGGAGUUGUGGAGCGUUUUCUCCGGAUCCAUACUGCAAAAGGCCCAAAGUAAAGGGCUGUACGAAAAGUUGGUGAAUGACGCGUUGUCUUCCAAGAAUACCGCGAAUGACGAAAUUGAGAGGGACCUGCAUCGGUCCCUACCGGAGCAUCCCGCUUUUCAAAAUGAUGUUGGUAUAUCCGCUUUACGGCGUGUUCUGUGCGCAUACGCAAUUAAGAACCCCACGAUCGGUUACUGCCAAGCGAUGAACAUAGUUGCCUCCGUGUUGCUCAUAUACUGUCCCGAGGAACAGGCCUUCUGGUUGUUGGCAACCAUCUGCGAAACGUUACUCCCGGAUUACUAUAACACCAGGGUCGUCGGUGCUUUGGUGGAUCAGGGAGUCUUAGACGAACUAACUAAAGCCCACUUGCCAGAACUACAUGCAAAGUUGGACGAACUUGGCAUGAUGAAAAUGAUCUCACUAUCAUGGUUCCUUACCCUCUUCAUAAGUGUCAUGCCUUACGAGUGCGCUGUGAAUGUCAUGGACUGCUUCUUUUAUGAUGGCGCGAAGGUUAUUUUUCAGGUGACGCUGACGAUAUUAGAUAUAAACCGGGAUAUGUUACUGAACUGCGAGGAAGAUGGUCAAGCGAUGCAAGUGUUGAACGACUACCUGGCAGGCAUCUACAACGAGGAGGCCAUGGCGCUGUCCACUGAACCCAGGACUGCUGAAAAGACGAUAAGGAUCCAAGAGCUAGUAUACCAAUCAUACCGUUCAUACGGCGCUGCGGUCAGUAGCGAAUGUAUUGAGCACUUACGACUGAAACAUCGACUUCGCGUUGUACGACAGUUGGAGGACAGUCUCGAGAAGAAUACUCUGCGGGCGUUGCAACAGGACAAACUUCUGGAUGCUAACGAAUUGCAGGAAUUAUUAAGCGUUAUUCGCGAGGAACUAUUCUGGGCUAAGCGAGUGCCGUGCGAGCGACUGGAAGCGCCUUACGAAGCGUAUCGACUCGACUACGGCCAGUUCAAGACUUUGUUCUCCGCCCUAUCGCCCUGGGCCAAAGGGGACUACGCUGAUGCUAUCACUACUAGGAUGUUUAAGCUAAUGGACCACGAUGAUGAUGGACUAGUCAGCGCUCGAGGGCUAAGUGUAGCAGUUGGACUGAGUACUAAAGCAGAUGCUCAGCGACGACUCAGAGCGUUAUACUGUGCGCACGCGCCGCCACUGCUAUCUCCGCUAGAACUUCGACCCACACACUUCACUGAGACUGGCGAGGAACUGGCCACAGAUGCCAUUUCCUUCUUUGACAGUAUAGAAAAUCCGUCCACACCUGAGCCAACACUGCAGCGGUCGAUAAGCGAAGUGUGUGGGGAUGGGGGUCCAAUGGACAAAUCCUCUGAUAGCGCUUACAGCCAAAGUGAAUCCUGGCAACCGGCAGACUGUGUCCGCGCCUGCGCGUUAGCUGGUCUCCCCUCCCCAGCGGCUUCUACUCCUGGGACCCCCCCUCCGCCGCGCUCCGCACCGCCCUUACCGCGGCCGCACUUCUUGCAAUUGUUAGCCGCACUACACGAUUUGACGCAACACUCCACGCCGCUGUAUGAAGCUGUUGCGAGAGCAGGUACAUUACUUCUACAACUGGGCGAGUUGAACCAUCGACCUGCAUUAGACCGCGAGAUUUCGCAAGACAGCCUCUUCUUGGCAGCCGCAGCGCAACCUACUUUCGAGGUCGAUCCUAAUGGGAACCCAACAGAAAUCGAUCAAGACGGCAGGCCCCAACCAUCACCUUCAAAAGAAGCGGACCAAUCAGACGAAGGCGUAUGGUCGAUAACUCUAGAACAAUUCCUAGCGACUAUGCUUACUGAAUCCUUGUUAGAGGAUUUCUUCAACAAGCAAGUUCCAAUAUUGCCAUCUUUAGAAGCGCUUCGGCAAAGGGAUCGACUCCAGUCAGUCUCGUAGUUCAAGUUUAUGUAUGUCUUAGUGAUAAGUAAUAUUCGUUAUGUACUACUAGGAAAUAAAUAUUUUUUUCUGUAGAAAUAAUUAUAAAAGUUAAGCCAUAGUUUAUACCAAGCGAGUUGCUGGACCAAGUAAAUGUCAUUCAGUCGACAAUUCACUCAGCUAAGAUUUUUUUCAAUUUACUUUUUUACUCUAUAAGUAAAAAAGUAAAUUGAAAAAAAAAAAAUACUUUACAAUUUACUUCAUUAUUAGACGAGUCAAUAAUUAAGAUCAAUUGGGUCAGUUUUAUUGAAUGUACAACCCAGUGUAAAUGCCUACGUCCUUGAUUUUUGCGGCUUCGAUCGUAGCAUAUGAACGUCCGAACGGCUCAUCCAGUACUAAUACAAGUACGCUAGAAGAAGUGUGCCAUACAGUCUCGGACCAAGAAUCAAGGUAGAAAUGCAAGUUUCUUUAAAAACUGGUCUGCAAUUACAGAUCCAGCGUACAUGUGUUAGUAGAGGUGUGGUGCUUUAAGGUGCCCACGCAC